CCGCCAUGACAUGGAGGCACAGCCCCGCCCCGCCGCUCCGGGCGGGAAGCGCAGCCGGGCCGCUGCGGGCGGUGCCAUGGAGGCGGCGGGCGGCGAGGAGCGGCUCCUGCACGCCCAGAGGCUGAAGGCUGCGGUUCACUACACCGUUGGCUGCCUGUGUCAGGAGGUUGGAGAAGAUAAAGCCGUGCAAUUCAGCAAACAAACCAUUGCAGCUAUCUCGGAGAUCACCUUCAGGCAGUGUGAGAUCUUUGCAAAAGACCUUGAAGUGUUUGCAAGGCACGCAAAACGAAGCACAGUCACUACAGAAGAUGUGAAGCUUUUGGCUAGGAGGAGCAGUUGCUUGCUCAAGUAUAUCACCGAGAAGAGUGAAGAGCUUGCGUUAAAUAACAUGGAGCAAAAGGAGAAGAAGAAAAAGAAGUUCAAUGCAGUUAAGGAAGGAAGGACUUCUGGGGAAUGUGAAGCAGCUGUGACUGAAAGUGAAGAUUACAACAUGGCAUGACUUACCUUUCAAGUAAUGUGUCUGGUCAUUUUCUCUUACUGUCCUAGAGGGACCAGUUAGCCAACUAGAGAUUCCUCUUGCAGCAAUGGUAAUGAAUGUUUUGGCUUUUAGGUGAACAGAAUUAGCAGGGUUUUUUUGUUGUUCCAAAACUGGAAAGUGUCAGAAUUCAGUAAAGCUUACAGCCAAAAUGCCUUAACUGCUCACAAAAAAGUAAAUUACUGUUAUUAAAAAGAAAAUGCUUUAAAUUUUAAAGCAGAACAUUGUCACUGACCAGAAUAUCUCGGUAUGUGCAAUGGCCUCCAUGCUCCUCCUUGGUUUCUCCAGUAAUUGUUUGAUUUCUUUCUUGUUUCCAUUUUUGCUUAAUGUAUUUUAUUUUUGGUUAAUUGCCAUAUUUCUCACUUGUCUUGACAAUUAAAACAUGUUUUGUGUCAUUUCUCA